AUGAGUCACACCAACAUUACCAUCUUCCAUCCUGCAGUUUUUGUCCUACUUGGCAUCCCUGGGUUGGAGACUUAUCACAUUUGGCUGUCAAUACCUCUUUGCCUCAUUUACAUCACUGCAGUCCUGGGAAACAGCAUCCUGAUAGUGGUUAUUGUCAUGGAACGUAACCUUCAUGAGCCCAUGUAUUUCUUCCUCUCCAUGCUUGCCGUCACGGACAUCCUGCUGUCUACCACCACUGUGCCCAAGGCCCUAGCCAUCUUUUGGCUUCAAGCACAUAACAUUGCUUUUGAUGCCUGUGUCACCCAAGUCUUCUUUGUCCAUAUGAUGUUUGUGGGGGAGUCAGCUAUCCUGUUAGCCAUGGCCUUUGAUCGCUUUGUGGCCAUUUGUGCCCCACUGAGAUAUACAACAGUGCUAACAUGGCCUGUUGUGGGAAGGAUUGCUCUGGCCAUCAUCACCCGAAGCUUCUGCAUCAUCUUCCCAGUCAUAUUCUUGCUGAAGCGGCUGCCCUUCUGCUGAACCAACAUUGUUCCUCAUUCCUACUGUGAGCAUAUUGGAGUGGCUCAUUUAGCCUGUGCUGACAUCACUGUUAACAUUUGGUAUGGCUUCUCAGUGCCCAUUGUCAUGGUCAUCUUGGAUGUGAUCCUCAUCGCUGUGUCUUACUCACUGAUCCUCCGAGCAGUGUUUCGUUUGUCCUCCCAGGAUGCUCGGCACAAGGCCCUCAGCACUUGUGGCUCCCACCUGUGUGUCAUCCUUAUGUUUUAUGUUCCAUCCUUCUUUACCUUAUUGACCCACCGUUUUGGGCGUAAUAUUCCUCAACAUGUCCAUAUCUUGCUGGCCAAUCUUUAUGUUUCAGUGCCACCAAUGCUGAACCCCAUUGUCUAUGGUGUGAAGACUAAGCAGAUACGUGAGGGUGUAGCCCACCUGUUCUUUGACAUCAAGACUUGGUGCUGUACCUCCCCUCUGGGCUGA